AUGCAUGAAGUGGCUCGCAUCCUUGAAGUUUCACAAAUGCAUGCGUACGAGAUUGCUACAUUUUACACGAUGUUUAACAGCCAAUCUGUUGGCGAAGAUAUUCGGGUACUUAUGAAAGUGAUCAUUUUCAUUGAACUGAUUGUCGUAUUUGGCAUGAUAUCGACGUUGUACGUGAUUGCGGUGAAGAAGGUUAUGAGAGAAACAAUUGUGUGGGAUUGCGAGGAUCCUCCUGGCGUCGCUCUCUUCGAUGAAUUUGCCGUCUCAUCAUCGUCGGAACUUUGUAGUGAACUGGCAAGGACCAUGUACUUGGAAGAAUAUCGCUUCGACUUAAUAGCAGGCACGCUACAGUACUGCCUUAAUAUGCAGCAACCCGAUCGGUCCGGCGAACUCGGAAGCUCCGUUGCUUUGCACUAUAGCUCAAAGGGUUGUCGUUAUACAAGAGGAGAGUCAAGGGCUCCACUCAACGCCAGCUUAAUAGGAGAGUUUGUUGCUGGAGUCAACAAAAAAAUGUUGAAGCAAGGACGAGGUAGGAACGGUUACGAGCAGUUGAAGGAAGGAGAAAUAGAGACGUUUCCUGAUUUUGAGGACCGCAUGAGACAUUUCGUUUCGCUACUUGAUUUUAGGAAUUCAACAAAGCUAGAGGCUUACAUCAGAUCGAGAACUGAAGCUCAACACGUUCGUGGUGUUCCUCCGCUUGCCAUCGACUCUUCGCAGUUAAAAGAUGUUGGAAAUAAUUAUUGGAACGAAGGAGGAAUGGUAUCCGAUGGUCGUGGCCAAAAUUACUGCUUUCCUGGUGAACCUUCCGUUUCUCCAUUAAUUUUUGCUAUCUUGAAUAGAACAGAUUAUAAUGUUAUGAAGAAGAACGACAAACUCUCGCAUGAGCAAUCAGCUCGUUUGCUUAAAAGUAUGAUGCUCGAGCUCAAAUCAAAUAUUGCGAAAUUCAAGGCAUCCGGAUCGCUUUAUGCUGUACAUUUCAUGAACAACCUGAUGAAUAAGGUUAUGGAGCAUUUCCACGCUGAGAAAGGAUUUACUAACAGUUUCACACCCUUCAUCGCUGUGAAAAAUAAUUUGAUCACCGUAGCGUAUUCGGGCGAUGGAGGUCUCAGCUCGAUUAGCAUGGGAAUCCCAAGGAUGCUGUACACAAUCUUAAGACAUAGUUUUUAUGGAGAAAAUCUAGAAGACGCUAUCACCGCUCCUUUGCUUUAUCCUCAUCCGUUCAGAGAAAACGCAGCAUUUAGUUACAAUUACCCUUUGCGUUCGAAGUUGGCAAAAAGCUAUCUACGUAGCAGUGAUAUUGUGGACGUCCCAUCGUAUUUCUCGGAUACAGUUGCUGCAGUAUCACGUCGAUAUGGUUACGAGCUGUGGCAAACCGACAAAGGAGAGAAGCAGCUACCACAUCAACCAACCAAACACUUGGUGCAUUAG